CCGGGUUGGAGUCGGGCGGAGGGCCGGGAGGAAGCGGAGAAGUCUGUGGGCGGAGCGAACGGCCUGCAGGUCCCGGUCGGGCCUGGGCGGCCUGGGAGAGGCUCGCCUGGGAACCCCUGGGGUUGGAGUGCUUCCACUCAGGACGAGGAAGCGCCCACGAGGUCCUAGGGAUCUGUGGGAGCUGCCCGUGACUGUUCAGAAGAUGCCGUACCUUGGCUCCGAGGACGUGGUGAAGGAGCUGAAGAAGGCUCUGUGUAACCCUCACAUUCAGACCGAUAGGCUGCGCUACCGGAAUGUCAUCCAGCGAGUGAUUAGGCACAUGACUCAGGGUUUGGACAUGUCUGGUGUUUUCAUGGAAAUGGUGAAGGCCAGUGCCACUGUAGAUAUUGUUCAGAAGAAGUUGGUGUAUCUGUACAUGUGCACAUAUGCCCCCCUGAAACCAGAUCUGGCUCUUCUGGCCAUCAAUACAUUGUGCAAAGACUGCUCGGAUCCCAAUCCGAUGGUGCGAGGGCUGGCCCUACGGAGCAUGUGUAGCCUCAGGAUGCCUGGUGUGCAGGAAUAUAUCCAACAGCCUAUUCUCAAUGGUCUGCGGGAUAAGGCUUCAUAUGUCAGGAGGGUGGCUGUCCUUGGCUGUGCAAAGAUGCAUAAUCUUCAUGAAGACUCCGAAGUGGAUGGUGCCCUGGUAAAUGAGUUAUAUAGUUUGCUGCGUGACCAGGACCCAAUUGUGGUUGUGAACUGCCUGAGGUCUCUAGAGGAAAUUCUGAAACAGGAAGGAGGUGUUGUCAUCAACAAGCCCAUUGCCCACCAUCUCUUAAAUCGAAUGACAAAACUGGAUCAGUGGGGCCAGGCUGAAGUACUGAACUUUUUGCUCCGCUACCAGCCCCGCAGUGAGGAGGAACUAUUUGACAUUCUCAACCUAUUGGACAGUUUUCUUAAGAGCAGUAGCCCAGGUGUGGUGAUGGGAGCCACUAAACUCUUUCUGAUCAUGGCGAAAAAGUUCCCCCAUGUACAAACCGAUGUGCUUGUACGAGUCAAGGGACCUUUGUUAGCUGCCUGUUCUUCAGAGAGCCGCGAGCUCUGCUUUGCUGCUCUCUGUCAUGUGCGCCAGAUAUUACAUAGUUUGCCCAGUCACUUUAGUAGCCACUACAAAAAAUUCUUUUGCUCCUAUUCGGAGCCCCACUACAUCAAGCUACAGAAGGUAGAGGUGCUGUGUGAGCUGGUCAACGAUGAGAAUGUGCAGCAGGUGCUAGAGGAGCUUCGAGGGUAUUGCACCGAUGUGUCUGCUGACUUUGCACAGGCGGCCAUCUUUGCCAUCGGUGGCAUUGCCAGGACUUACACAGACCAAUGUGUACAGAUUCUAACAGAACUACUGGGGCUUCAGCAAGAACACAUUACCACUGUGGUGGUGCAGACUUUCCGGGACCUGGUUUGGUUGUGUCCUCAGUGUACUGAAGCUGUGUGUCAGGCACUGCCCGGCUGUGAGGAGAACAUUCAGGACAGUGAGGGGAAACAGGCACUUAUUUGGCUACUCGGGGUCCAUGGGGAAAGAAUUCCCAAUGCUCCUUAUGUGUUAGAGGACUUUGUAGAGAACGUGAAAUCAGAGACAUUUCCAGCUGUUAAGAUGGAGCUGCUCACUGCACUGCUGCGACUUUUCCUCUCUCGACCUGCUGAAUGCCAGGACAUGCUGGGGCGUUUGUUACAUUACUGCAUAGAGGAAGAAAAGGAUAUGGCUGUACGGGACCGAGGUCUCUUCUACUAUCGCCUCCUCUUAGUUGGCAUUGAUGAAGUUAAGCGGGUCCUGUGUAGCCCCAAAUCUGACCCUUCUCUUGGACUUUUGGAGGAUCAGGCAGAAAGACCAGUGAAUAGCUGGGCCUCAGACUUCAACACACUGGUGCCCAUUUAUGGCAAAACCCGUUGGGCAGCUAUCUCUAAAUGCCAAGGGACAGAGCGUUAUGGCCCAGAGCAUCCUAAUAGUGCAUCCUUUGCUGCAUCAGGACCUCUGAUUCCUGAAGAAAACAAGGAGAGGGAACAAGAACUCCCUGAUUCUGGAACCCUCACGUUAGUCCCCAAUUGCCAGCUUACUGCUGAGUAUUUUGAGAAAACGUGGCGUAGCCUCAAAGUUGUUCAUCAGCAAGUGUUGCCUUGGCAGAGAGCAGUCCAUCCUGACACCCUCCAGAUGGCUCUGCAAGUAGUGAACAUCCAGACCAUUGCAAUGAGCAGGGCUGGGGCUCAGCCAUGGAAAGCCUACCUCAGUGCUCAGGAUGAUACUGGCUGCCUGUUCUUAACUGAACUGCUGUUGGAGCCUGAGAACUUGGAAAUGCAGAUCUCUGUGAAACAAAAUGAGGCAAGGACUGAGACACUGAACAGUUUUAUUUCUGUAUUAGAAACUGUGAUUGGAACAAUUGGAGACAUAAAGUCAUGACGACGCUUGCUGCUUGUCCUGAGUGAGAUGAAGAGCUAUCUGAAUUCCUUAAUCACUUGUUGAGCAGCUUAAGUCCAGCUUAUAUCAUAUGCAAAAGAGAAUGAGAAAUGUAGGAAUCAGAUUCUUAUGAUUUUGUCUAAAGAUUAUUCAUUGUUCUCGUUAUGCCUGUUGGCACCAUUUUCUAAUGGAAUAGCGAUAUUGUUAGAGUUAAUAUUGGUAAGGGAAUGGGUGAGAAUAGGAUUUGGAUUAUUUUCUAAUCGAUUUUAGAGAUUGUGUUACUAAUUAAAGAUGCCUGACAUCUGUGGAAACUUAUGGGGGUGAGGGAUUGUCAUCAUUUGUGGGGGUCAUCUUUUCUUCCUUGGAUUAUUAUAGUAAACUCCUGACUGUUCUCAUAUUUCCAAUCAUGCUUAUCAGGCCAAAGUCCAAAGUCCUUAGUGUGGCAUCUAUGGUACCUCUUCAGUGUCAUGUCUCACCACUCCCAAAAUACCCUCUCCUUCUGGCAAAACAAACCCUUUGUAAUUCCCUAAAUACAGCAUGUA